AUCAAAAUGGCUGCGCCCUUAAUUUUCACAAAUUUAUUUCGGUUUCUGAUAUUUUGUAUUAUUUUACCCAGUUUAAAGGCGAAUGAUGCAUUUAAUGAAGAACUAUUAGUAAAGCCUUUACACAAUGGUUAUAUUUACACUCAUUUCCAGUUCACAACUACCUGGGAUAUCGAUAUAACUGACAGAAAUGCUUUCACCCACUAUGGACUGUUUCCAAAAUCCCUAGGGGAAGUACUUGACAAGUACAAUGUGCAGGAGUUACACCUGUCAUUGACACAAGGUCAGUGGAGACAUGAAAAAUGGGGCUAUCCUGUCAUAGAUUCACCUGUUGGGGCAGAACUAUGGGUCUGGUUCCAAGAAAACACACAAAACAUUGAUAAGACCUGGUCAGAAAUCAACAAUGUUCUCUCUGGUAUGUUCUGCGCAUCUCUCAACCAGAUGGACAAAAAAUCGACAAUAACUCCUAAAUACUCCUUCAAACCAAAAGGAGUGACAAGGAGUAAGUUAGAUACUAAGUAUUUGCGCUAUGCAUCGUUACCCAGAGAAAUGGUGUGUACAGAGAAUCUCACCCCUUGGAAGAAACUGCUGCCUUGUGGGUCAAAGGUUGGCCUUGCUAGUCUAUUAAAGGCAGGCAAAGUUUAUGAUGCCAGCUAUCACUCUCUGGGACUGCACUAUAGACCGAUAUGUAGGGAUGCUGACUGUAUUGAGACAUCUGUUGAGCUCAGUCAGACUCUGUCCACCGUAUUUGAACCUGCAACACAAAGCUCCAAUGGCAAACAGGACUGGUCCAUUAAAGGUUUGUUUGGAAAGCCUCUAGGAAGCAGUUGUCCUUUAGCAACCACUAGCAAAAUUCUGGUAGAUGUCACUAGUAAUAAGGGCCCCAAUAGUUUCACCCUGGAGCCAACACCCAGUGUAAUUGAGACAUUCAAGAGAGAGAAAGAUGCUAGAAAGUAUGCUGUCUACAACAUUCCAGAUUUUGUGAAAGGCAACCUUCUUUCACUUACAGCAAAAUAUAAAAGUCCUAUAGUCUAUACUCAACCAGUAACACCUCCCUUUUAUACACACAGAUUUCAGACUGGGUAUGGUCAAGAGAAAGGUGGGAUAACAUGUCUGCUUUACAACCAACAAGCACAGAAUGCAACAGUUGUUUACAUGGAAACAGUGCCCUGGUACAUCCGCAUGUAUCUCCAUUCUCUCACAAUAACUAGUGAAGGCAAGACAAUUACUCCAGAUGCAGUUCACUAUGUGGGGGGUCGAGACCGUGAACGACCAUUUCAUCUAGAGCUUGUUCUCACCCUUCCUCCAUCCUCCAUUACAACAAUCACAUUCCAGUUUGAGCGGGCUUUUCUUAAGUGGACAGAGUACCCGCCAGAUGCAAACCAUGGUUUCUAUGUCAGUGCUGCUGUUGUAGCUACCAUGAUAACUGAUGCUCAAUAUUUCACACCUCCACCACAGGAGAGUUCUAUGAUCUCAUCUAGUAUAACAGACUCAAGGGAAGAGAGAUUCAUUCAGAUCCAUACUGAAAUCCUAGUUGUUACCCUUCCCACUCCAGACUUUAGUAUGCCCUACAAUGUCAUCUGUCUCGCAUGUACUGUCAUAGCUAUCGGCUUUGGCUCCAUACACAAUCUCACUACACGGCGCUUUGUCAUCAUGGAUCCAAAUAAAAAACCUGGAUUGCUCAGUAGAGUUAAAAACUUUUUUAAAAGAAAGCCUAAGGUUGAUACAACUGAGGGUAGUGAAGCAGUAAGUGCUGAGGGGAACACUCCAAAGGAGAAGGAAUCCUGAUAGCAGAUAACAUUAGGAAAGCUAUGUGUGGGUAAAUUACCCUGAAAUCAAGAGACUUAGAUUAACAAAUUUACAGUGUGCUGCUGAUCAGAUCUUUUUGACCGCAAAAGCAACUGUCAUGGCCUCUUAUGGGAGUUUCAACAUAAAAUAAUUGCAAGCUACUUAUGAAGUCUUGACAUUUUGUGACUGCGAUUUUGAUUGGCAGCUUGAAUUUCAAUCAAGCUUAUCUGAUUGAGAAAGGCUGGAUCAAUGAAUUUUCUCAUAUUUGUAGAGUGAUGAAGCUCUCUUUUAAGAUGCAAAAUGAAACUCUUUAAAGGGGUAUGUGCAAAGAAGUGAUAUGUCUGAAAUCUCAUUUCAGUAAGAAAGGAAAUGAGAGACCUGUGUCUUUCAAUAAGACGUAAAG